GGGUGGGAGCAGGCUGCCCCGGCCCGGGCCUGGGCCCCUGCCCCCUGCCCCAGCAGCGGCUGCAGAAGACUCUCCUGGGUGCAGCCCCGGCCUUCACCCGAGCGUGGCGGGAGCCCAGCUUGUGAAUCCGGAGAAGGCAAACUUGGGAGGCAGACGAAUGCUUAGGGCUCGGAGGAGGACAGCUCAGCCAUGGCUCCCAUUUUUGGAGACGCAGGCGAAUUUGAGCUCACGGGGAGGUGUGGUCACCUCCUGGGCGGAAAGGCUUCAUUUCUCCACCUCCAGUGCGGUCCUUCUGAGAAGUGAGCGGCUGGGAUGUAUGGAGCCUGACCUCACACGGAUUUGAGUCUCCUGUGCGUUGGAUCCUAAGGGGCCUCUGUUACAGAUUGUCUUGGCUUCUUGGGGACACGCGAUGUGCGGCCUGACUUCUCAUGACCGGAAAGCCUACCCUACCUUUUCUGUACUCCUGGAGGGGAGUCUUGCUCACAUGUUUCCCAGCGGGUAGGACAAGGAAGAGAAAAGAAAUGAGCCGUCAGACUGCUACAGCAUUACCGACUGGUACCUCGAAGUGCCCGCCGUCGCAGAGGGUGCCUGCCCUGACGGGCACGACCGCGUCCAACAAUGACUUGGCGAGUCUUUUUGAGUGUCCGGUCUGCUUUGACUAUGUGUUGCCACCCAUUCUUCAGUGUCAGAGUGGCCAUCUCGUUUGUAGCAACUGUCGCCCAAAGCUCACAUGUUGUCCAACUUGCCGGGGCCCACUGGGAUCCAUUCGCAACUUGGCUAUGGAGAAGGUGGCCAAUUCAGUACUUUUCCCUUGUAAAUAUGCCUCGUCUGGAUGUGAAAUAACUCUGCCCCACACAGAGAAAGCAGACCACGAAGAGCUGUGUGAGUUCAGGCCGUACUCCUGUCCGUGCCCUGGUGCUUCCUGUAAGUGGCAGGGCUCUCUGGACGCCGUAAUGCCCCAUCUGAUGCAUCAGCACAAGUCCAUCACAACCCUUCAGGGAGAGGAUAUAGUUUUCCUUGCUACAGACAUUAACCUUCCUGGUGCUGUUGACUGGGUGAUGAUGCAGUCCUGUUUCGGCUUUCACUUCAUGUUAGUCUUGGAGAAACAGGAAAAAUAUGAUGGUCACCAGCAGUUCUUUGCAAUUGUACAACUGAUAGGAACACGCAAGCAAGCUGAAAAUUUUGCUUAUCGACUUGAGCUAAAUGGGCACAGGCGGCGAUUGACUUGGGAGGCGACUCCUCGGUCUAUUCAUGAGGGAAUUGCGACAGCCAUCAUGAACAGUGACUGCCUAGUCUUCGACACCAGCAUCGCACAGCUCUUCGCAGAAAAUGGCAACUUAGGCAUCAAUGUAACGAUUUCCAUGUGUUGAAAUGGCAAUCAAGUGUUUUCUGGCCAGUGUUUAAAACUGUUGCAUUCAGUUUCACAAGCAAGGCACCCGUCUGCCUGCCAACCUGAAACUCUCUGGGCAGGUGGAAGCUAGACACAUGAAGGUAAAUAAAAAGAAAGGCUGUUAAAUACAGGAAACAGUUGCAUGUAGUAACACUAAUAUAUUUAAAAAUAAGUCAACAGUAAACCACUGAAAAAUAUAUAUAUAUACACCCAAGAUGGGCAUCUUUUGUAUUAAGAAAGGAAGCAUUGUAAAAUAAUUCUGAAUUUUGUGUUUGUUGUAGAUUGAUUGUAUUGUUGAAAAAUACUGGUUUUUGUUUUGUUGUUCUGUUUCUUCUGUUAUUGCGUGUGUGUGUGUGUGUGUGUGUCCCUAACUGACAAGCCAUCUGAGUGGUCUUGGACCACUGCUUUUUCCCCUUUGUGAGUCAAUACAUAGUGCUGCUGUGUUUCCUUGUGUGUGUAUAUUUGCUAAUUUUUAUUAAUUCUAGUUUUUCAUUAAAUAAACUUUCUUUUCUGUAA